CCAGGUGACUCUGGGAAGGUGGCUGAAUGUUAAAGAUGGCAACCCAAUACAACAAUGAACUGAAAUGUGUUAGCGUAGAGUGGGACUUCCUUCAAGGACUGCUCGUAAAGAACCAACCAGUCCCUUGUUUGCAAGCCCUCCGGAAGGAGAAGUCUCGCAAUGCUGCUCGCUUUCGACGGGGGAAGGAAAACUUUGAGUUUUACGAAUUGGCAAAGAUGCUUCCACUCCCAGGAGCCAUCACCAGCCAGCUGGACAAGGCCUCCAUCAUUCGGCUGACUAUCAGCUACCUUCGGAUGAGAGACUUUGCCAAUCUGGGGGAUCCCCCAUGGAACCUGAGGAUUGAGGGGCCCCCUUCAGGACAAGCACCUGGCAGGAGAAGCUCCACUUCCUUGGCCAUUGAGUUAUUUGAACAGCACUUAGGAGGACACAUCCUACAGUCCUUGGAUGGUUUUAUUUUUGCACUAAAUCGAGAAGGGAAAUUUUUGUACAUCUCUGAAACUGUCUCCAUCUACCUGGGACUGUCACAGGUGGAGCUGACUGGCAGCAGCAUCUUCGAUUACAUUCACCCCGGCGAUCACGUGGAGGUGGCAGAGCAGCUGGGACUGAAACUGCCAAGCGGCCGAGGGCACAGUUCACAAACCUCCAAUGAGGACGGGGCAAGUUCAACAUCUUCCUCCUCACUGGCUGAGACACCUGAGUCAGAAAAUUGGGCACAAAAGCCUAAGGAGGAGAGCUGCACUGUCAAAGGUACAACUUUCCAGGUUAUCCAUGUCACAGGGCGCUUGCGAUCUCGGAUUUCGUUGCCUCAUGCUCGUGCUGUUCCCACCAGCUUCAUGGGGAUGGUGGCUCUCGCCCAUACUCUGCCGCCUUCCACCAUCAAUGAGGUCCGGAUUGAGUGCCACAUGUUUGUCUCCAGGGUCAGUCUGGAUCUGCAGAUCAUCUACUGUGAAAACAGGUCAGUAUCUAAGUUUUGA